AUGGCUCCCAUAGCGGUAAAAGCGCCCACCGGCGUCAAACCUACUGCGACUCCGUACGGUGACAAGUCUAUGAAGCGUGGCAGGAGUAUAAAGAGAAGCUCCACGCAACGCCGACCACAGCAGCUUUCACCUCAUUUCGCACAGGCGAUGCAAAGGCAGCAGAGCGAAGAUGAGGAUGAAGACGAAGACGAAGACGAAGCUGCCACCAUCUCGGAUCGUCCCAGUUUGCAGCCAUACCGACGUCGAGAACGCCAAAGCUAUAUCAACCCGCGACAGCAUAUGCUGCAUCUGCCCGACUCGGCGCGACCUGCAACCUCCCGGAGCUAUAAGCGAGACUGGAAUGACCACAGAGACCAGAGCCCAAGUCCUUCAUUCUCCAAGAAGCUGCCGCCAUCCGACAGCUUGUCGCAGCAGCCGCAUAUUGAAAGCCACUUCAGCAUAGGCACUGCCUCUAUGGGCAUGACGAGCGAGGAAUUCGAAGCGUUGCCGCCUACCAUUCAAAGAAAAUAUUUCUCGACUUUGGAAAGGCUGCGCUUUGCCCAUACCACUUGCUGUGCUGGACACUCAGAUCACUCUCUGGGAGAUUACCAUUCUGCAUCAUCUUUGGCAAGCGAAGAGGAUAUCACACUUGCCUCCGAUCACCAUCAUCGCCUUCGACCAAACUCUGCCCGCCUAUACCCGAACCAAGCCGAUCACAUAUACGGACGGCAAGUCGACAGCGGAGACAGACAAUCGCGCACGUCUCAUUCAAACCACAAGAGCAUUAUACUGGAUGCUACCGACGAGGCCUUUGUCAAGAAACGCCAAUCGCAGUUUCCCAGGUCAAGCAACUAUCUGGACGAGAUUUAUCCUCCAGCACCCUAUUCUACAAUGAGCGGCUCUCUUGGUGAUGGAUUCACAAAAUCUUCUGCAGUGGAGUCAGGGGCAGACUCAAUCACAGAAAGCUUCCGAUGGCUUGAAGAGAGCGAGGAUUUGGAUCUUCGUCUUUGUCUAGAUGACGAGGACCAGCCGAUCCCAAAGCAAGGGAAGAAGAAGCGAGUUCCAUUUCCUCGCCACCUAUCGAUUUCAAAACUUUCUUUUGGACGGCCUUCAGUUCAGUUGAGCCGCCCGGGAACCAGAGGAGGAGCUAUGGCUUCUCCGGCAUUGAGCGAGCAAUUCGUACUAUCCUCCAUGCCAAGCCCUACUGGCCAUUUCCGCAGGCGAUCUCGGGCCAUGUCUCUAAUCUCGCCAAACAAGGGUCAGAUAUCUGACGACUCUACUCUUGUUGACCAAGCUCCAUCCCACUACCAAGAUCCUGAGGCUCGCAUGAAGCUCCGCGUAUACCUCGCUUCCCCGCAUAAGUUUGAUGAAGCUGUUGAGUUUGGAUUCCCUUCCUAUGACAUGCAAGGAGGAGAGACCUCUCACAUUCGGUCAUUCUCACGCCAAGGCUCAUCGGACAGAAUGCACAAUUUGAACAGCGACGAUGUUGAGUCACUAAUCAGCGACCCUGCGUCCCCUACCGAUAUGGCCUCACCGAGGACGCCGAUGAGCAUGGAUCACCCAUCUGUUGAGCAUUCACCACAUAUACCACAUGAGGGAACCUGGCCUGCCAACUACGCCCAGGCUCCAGCGUCGUCUCGUGAAAUGACACUGCGGAUGACACUUACACGACCCGAUCUUCGAGCUGAUGAAGAGCAAAUGUAUGGCUGGCAAAAGCCCUCAUCAGCCAAGACACAAGCUCAUGAUGGAUCCGCUCAGCCAAGAUCAUAUGUCCGAGCCAGCACUACCAAAGACAACAUCGAGAGGCAAUUCGCUGCCUUUGACCAAGACAAUGCCAGCGCCGAUAACAGCAUGGUCAAACGCUUCUGGAACCGAGUCCGCCGAUCAUAAUACUAGCACGAACCACACUCUCCAGCAGCUUUUAUUUGCUACAACAUACAAAAACAAAACAAAAACAAAAACAUACUUCACUCGGGAGUUAUAAAGGCAUUCGACAACGAGUGCCACUCACACUCAUUAAUUGCUGCAAGAUUAUUUCUGCGCUCAUACCUCUCAUUACAGCAUAUAGCAUGCAUAACUAUACCCCAACUGGUCCUUUUGUCUCUCAUUUAGCAUUUUAUUUUCAUUUCUGUCAUUGUUCAGUCUCAACAUUUCCCUGUUUCUCUACGGGGAAAUCACGACCACGCUCAUUUGUUUAUCUAUCUGGCAUAAAAAGAAGCGCAUUGUUUUUUCUAACUGGAGUUUUUGGAGGCUUCUUCAUAUUGUUUAUUGUUUUGUUAUGAGUGAUGGGAUUGAUUGGUUAAAAGCUGCAAAUGGCCCUUUAAGAAGGAGCUGGUAUAAUAUAUUGUUAUCUGAUAUGCCGCGUUGGCGAUCUACCC